AUGGUGGGGCUCUUCGAAACGACAUUCACCUACGCCUCCCAAACCCAACUCCCACCCACCGUCUCCGUCGAAGCCGGCCUUCGCAUGCUCCACGACUUUGACGUGAUCAUCCGCCUGAGCCCCGACUGUCGAGGCUGCAAACGAGUCCCCACGCCCAAACAUCUCGCCAAACCACACAACCGCCCCGCGAACGGCGACGGCCCCUUCGCCAACGGCCUUAACGAGCAUCACGAGGUCUUGUGCUAUGAGGUAGAAGAAGACUUGACUUUCAUCCCCAAGCGCCUCUGGAGCGGUGGCGUCAAAUAUCUCGCCGAGUUCCUCCCCACGGCCGAAGGCUGCGACAUCACCGUGCACGCCCCAGGCGGCUUCACAUCGACGAACCACUGGCGCCUCCUCCGCGAGAUGAUCCCCGAGGACGAGCCCGGGCCGGUGCUGGAAAGGAUCCAGAGCAAAGAUCUGGCGCACGCGGUGAUGAUGGGCGAAGGCUGGUACGUGCAGAUCGUGAGCGACGCGCGGUGCAACAAGACGUUUGCGGGGUUUGUGAAAGGGUUCAUCAAGAAUAGCCAGACGCAGUUGCAGAAGGCGUUUAUUGAGAAGUUGCAGGCGAGUCCCGCGGAGCAGAGGCAGCAGAGGCCGACGCUGGGGAGGAGGCGGUCGAGUGAGUUUUAG